AUGGAUACUGAAGGAGGAGAUCUGCGGAGCCCCAGAGCGACCUCGGGCACCACAAGAAUUAGCUCUCCCACUGGGAGCUCUCGGUUUAGAGAUGAAGCAGUCUCUCCGAGGGGAAGAGGAGCCUCGGAUGCUAAUGAGGAUGAUGGGGGCCUGCGACGUCGUAGCUCGGCGAGACGCGGAAGCGCUGGAAUUCCCAGCCUGGCUCCGAGAACAACACUGGCGGCCCGAACCCAGGGUAAAUUCACAAUGGCCGGCCCGGAAGAGACACCACAGCUGCGAAUGGCUCAGGAGCCUUUCGUGCAGCCUGGAUAUGGUGAACUAAACCCGUCAUAUGAGCAACCCGCCAACGCGAAGCCAGUGUGGUCUCUGGCUAAGCCUUUGCCCCGUGUGGUGCGACCGGGCAUGGUGCCAACCAGGGAUGAGCUGAUCCAGCAACGCCAAAACGCUCAGUUGCCUUUGGAGAAUUCGAAUCGAUAUGGUCUGGAUGUGAACCCUACUGAUCUUGAGGAGGGUCGGAUUGAAAAGACCACGGACCCCCGGAAAAUGGCGGCACAGGUCGAGGAUGCUCGUCUGCAGCGCGAGCAGGCCUUUAUGAACAAGAUUCUUACUGGUGACACCACGUCCAUGAGACAAGGGUCGCGCAUGUCUCGUACUUCAUCUACUCGCGUUAGACGCCAGUCUCGCUGGAACAACAAUGACCAGGAUGCGUUGUCGGCGGUAGCGGAGGGAGACUCCUCAGACACCACUGAAGAAGCCCCACCUAGGAAUGAAUACUUUAGCGAUGAUCCAUUGCGACCCAUUCCCGAGCAACAAGAGCCACCGAUGGUUGAUGACGCGAUUGAAGAUAAGCUUGAAAUCCCUGUUCUUGAUGAAUCAACGCACCCUGAGGAUCUGCACCCAUUGAUCCAGGAACUGGUGGAAGAUGAAAUCCACAACAACCACACCACUUGGUCUGUCAUUCGUACCCACCACCGUGAGGCUCUGGCAGAGGCUCUAGCAGUUUUUGUGCAACUCACAAUUGGUUUCUGUGCCGAUCUUUCUGUCACAGUUGCGGAUGCAGGUAACCCUAACACCACGGCCUGGGCUUGGGGUCUUGCCACCAUGAUGGGUAUCUACAUAUCUGGUGGUGUUUCUGGUGCUCACCUCAACCCGGCUGUUACUCUGAUGCUCUGGUUCUACCGUGGUUUCCCCAAGAGCAAAAUGCCCGAGUAUUUCGCUGCCCAGUUCCUUGGUGCCUUCUGCGCUGCCCUCGCGGCCUACGGACUCUACUACGAGUCCAUCCAAUACUGGCUUGCGAACAAUACGGACUCUGGUGUUGUCACCAGCUUUGUGACCAGCCAACGUCAAACUUGGAUUGGCGCAGGAACUGCUUUUGGUAACGAGUUCUUGGGAACAGCUUUCCUCGCAUGUACCGUUCUGGCGCUUGGUGACGAUCAAAACGCCCCACCCGGUGCUGGUAUGAACUCCCUCAUCGUCGGUCUGGUCAUCACUUGUUUGAGUAUGUCCUUCGCCUACCAGACUGGAGCUGCUUUCAACCCUAGUCGUGAUUUCGGUCCUCGUCUUGCUCUUCUAGCUCUGCAAUACCCUAGCGAACUGUUCCUCAACGCAUACUGGUUUUACGGACCCUGGGUUGGCGCAAUCAGCGGUGCCUUCGGUGGUGCCUUUUUGUACGACUUCUUCAUCUUCACUGGUGGCGAGUCCCCAGUAAACUACCCAUGGGAGCGCACGGAGCGUGCCAUUCGGAAGAGUCGCAUGAAGUGGGGACGUCGUCUUCAUCUUUCCAAGAAGGAGAAGGUGGAAGAUGAUGCACCUGGAGGAGUUUGA